AUGAUGUCAAGCGUUUCCAUUGCACAUCCUGCUCCAGUUAUUGGAAGCAUCCUUGGUAUGGAUGAUGAGGCCGGUAGCGAGAAUGAAGUGGUGCAUCGUAAACCUCCUAUAAUUGAGACUAUCCUCAAUGAGCUGGGAUUUGGGUGGUUUCAGGUUAGAAUGAUAGUCAUCCUUGGUGUAGCUCAUUCCACCGAUACAAUGGAAACUAUCAUUCAAGCGAUCCUGGGCCCCAGUCUCCGCUGUUAUUGGCGUCUAUCAGCCGACUAUGUAGCUCUCCUCACAAGUCUUGUAUUCCUUGGCAGCUGUAUUGGUGCAGUUCCGCUAGGUUACGCUGCAGACGUCUAUGGUAGACGCUCGAUCUGUCUUCUGUCCUGUCUGGUGCUGAUGUACCUAUCCUGGUUGUGUGCAAUCAGUCCAACUUAUGCAUGGAUUGCUUCUCUGCGCUUCCUUUCCGGUCUUUUCAUUGGUGGAGUACUAACAGCUGGGAGCUCGCUUCUUUCGGAAACAAUGCCAUCGAAAUUUCAAGCCCCAGGGCAACUGAUAACCAACAAUUUUGAAGCCCUUAUUGGUGUCAUUACAGCUGCAAUUGGCCUGGGUUGCCUAAAAGGACGGUUGAGCUGGCGAUUCUUUGUUUUCUUUACCACGUUUCCCUUAGCUCUCUGUGCUGUUGCCUUGGUAUUCUUUACUCCAGAAUCUCCUGUAUACUUAUAUUGCAAAAAGCAGACACAAGAGGCUGCAAUUGUGCUGGAUAACAUGGCCGCUGCGAAUCGAUGCAUUCCGAAGAGCUCAACAAGUGUGGUUUCUUCCCUAGGCCGUAUUCAAGAAGCUGAUGAAGCAGAGAAUUUCCGCAUUUCAAAAGUCGGUGUCAAAGAGGUGUACACUCUGCUUAUUCGUCGUCGGCCAUGGCUCCUCCCGCUGUUGCUGUGUUUGAACUUCUCUUGGGGCUUUCUGAUCUACGGUGGAACUACAAUUCUUCCCGUCGAAUUGGCUGCCGGUCCUAGAAUGUGCAUUCAGGACUUCAGGAUUGCCAACACCACUAACCUGUCGCCAGAUGAUCAGCAGCCUGGAGGGACUCCUUUUGAAUGCUGCAAGCCACUGCGGGAAGAGGGCUAUCAAUCGCUGCUCAUUUCGGCCUCAGGUGGCCUUCUAAGUCUCCCACUGGCCUACGGUUUGGUCGCGUUGCUAAGGCAAAGGCUUCCACUUGCCCAAGUUGUCACUUUUUCACUCACUAGCAUUCUGCUCUUUGUUCAGACUUUCUGUAUGGCAUCGACAGUCUCAAAUGUAGUAUUCUUUGCUACUCGCGGUGUAGCGGCAGCUGGUAGCGGUUUGAUGGGGAUCUACGCGAGUAACAUCUUUCAGGCACGAGUUCGAAGCCUUGCCAGUGGUCUCUGUGCGGCAGCAUACCGUCUCGGCAUCCUCACCGCACCCUACGUGGGACAGAUAUUGUUGCAAGAUCGUUCCGUCCUACUCGCCAUCCUCACCUUCACUCUUGUUGCCAUUGGUAGUGCAAUUGGAUCCAUUAUACUGCCUCGAAUGCGAGCCCUCCGUACCGUAAGGAAUUUCACUGCCUUUCUCCUUAGUCUCACUAGUUAA